CUUGCCAAAACACUUUUAUUCCUUCACUUUGUGACAACGACGCGCACCUUCGAUAAAUACGGGAAUUUUACGACAAAAGCAGUUAUUUCAAGACAACACCAAGAGACGGUUAGGUUGUGUCCCCAGCUCGCCACGAAGAGUGGUAAAAUAGUGAAAAGCAGUUCUCUUCUGGUCGUCAUGAAGCUUGGUUUAAUUCUACCUACCUUGUUGCUGAGAUCGUGCAUCUCCUGCCUCGACGCGGCUCAUAUUGACUGGACACCUGAGGAAGAUUUUGACUUUCAGCUGGUAACACUUCGCGAAUUGCCGCAAGCUGCCGUUAGGGGUCGGGUAGAACGAGGAUUGGAUGAAAAUCUCGCUACAAGACGGUACCAAUUUGAUGCCUAUAGUAAGCACUUCGAUCUUCGGUUACAUAGGAACAGUCGCAUUGAUAUCAAUAGCAUCCCAAUGUAUUAUGUAGCGGACGACGGGAGUAUCUUGAAGAAAGAAGAAGUGAGUGAAGAUGAUUUCGUCUUGUACCAAGAUAAGAGUAGUAAUGCGGCUGUUGGCAUGUCUGUUGUGGCGGAUAAAGAGAAAUUGGAGGGUUUUGUUGUUGACGGUGACACGAUGUACGAGUUGAGGCACGUAGCAGACGAUAACUACCACGUGGUGCGAAAGAAAAUUGAAAGCAUAAACUCAGUCGACGGCACGGGUUUCAUUGAUACAGACACGGAAGUUCGACAUUUUGGCGGAACGAAGGAAGGAAACGCUCAAGAACGUCGGUCCGCUAAAACGAUUUCUCUUCCCGAACCACCGUUACUCCGAACCAAAAGACAUGGAAAGAAAACGAAAAAAACAAAAACCAAGAAGAACAAAAAAUCACCUAAAUCGAAAGGCUCACCCAGGUUCAGUGGGAACCAUAUUGACGCCUGCGUUGAACUUCUUAUUCUCAGUGAUGACUCGAUGUGGGAUUUUUAUAUGGCAAGGAAUGACCAGAACGUCGACAAAACUGAACGGGAAUUGAAACGGCUUUAUGCUAAAAUCACGAAUAUGCUGGACCUCACAUUUCAAAGAAUAGAAGAUCCAGAUUUGAAUAUCCACGUGAUGUUGUCAGCUUAUGUCAUUGUAACGAACUCCUCCCAGGCACCCGGCUUCGGUAGAUAUACUUUCCCUGGAGAACCGGAGAGAUUGGACAGAGUUCUGGUUGACGGAUACGAAACUUACGAUUAUUGGAGAGAAUUCCUACAAAAAUCUUAUAACUCAUUUCCAAAACAUGACCACGGCAUGGCUUUUACAAGGCGAGAUAUAACAAGCCGUACGCCGGAAAAACCUUACCUUCUCGGUCUAGCUAAUGUGGGUGCAAUAUGUAAUAGAGCUGGUUCCACGUCUCUUGUUGAGGAUUCCGGGCUGCUGUCCUACCUCACGGCAGCACAUGAAUUAGGCCACAGCCUCGGAGCUCUUCAUGACGUCACUCCUGCCUGUAGGGGCCACCUGAUGACUGCCUCUAUUUUUGAAGUCAAUGUGACGACUCUUUUUCAAUAUUAUAAGUUCUCCUCUUGUUCCAUAGAGAAAUUUAAAGAAACCCUGACAAAUGCCUGUUGUCUCGCUGACAGUGGACAGUACGAAAAUGAGAAAGAAUUUAAACAUAUGACGAAAAAGCUUCACGGUGAACAAUACAAUGCAGACGAACAAUGUCAGCUGGUAUUUGGAAACGAGUCGAAAGCAUGCACGCCUAUCGAAUCUCCAGAAUUUUGUCAUUUUCUACUAUGCAAUACUACGACGUCAUGCCAUAACCAGCUGAAUCCGAUGGAUGGCACUUUCUGUGGAAAAGGAAAAUGGUGUAUAGAGGGCGACUGUGUAAGUAAAAGGGCGCCUCUUCCCUCGCACUAUACUCAACGACGCGGGGCUAGUGGUGAACCGACUUCUUGGUGUUCAGAAGUGCGGCGGAAAUGACGGGAAUACAAAGACUUGUAAAAUGCCCAGAGAAUACCUCCAUACGCCAUAGGUCUACCAAGUUUCUUUUAUUUGUAGUCCAGGAAAUACAUGUAUGCGCGAGCACUAUAUUAAUAUUGUUACAGUGGUUUCUAUCAAUACUAUAUGGAACACGGUCCAAGACAAGAUCCACAGGACAAGAAAGGGAAAGGUGGAAUAUAUUGUCCUAUGCAGCAUUCUAUUUCUUAAACAUAUUGUCAUAGAACAGACUUAUAUGCACUGUACAAAAUAUACAUGUAAAAAAAGUAUCUCAGCAGUGUAAAAAGGAAUGGCACAAUAGGUUUUUACUAUCAUUUAUUUCUCGAUGUUUGCAUUUUCAGUUGGCAGCCCAAUUUUGUAAUCAAUAUAAUGUGCUUUAUUGUUUUAUGUGAUGAAACUCUUGGAUGACACGAUAAUUAUUACAAUUAUUUUAAAUGGUAUUUUUUCACCAUAUUCCGACGUUUUAUUCUUGGUUUACGUGGAUUCAUGAUAAUGUGUCCCAAAAGCACCAAAAAUGUAAAAUUUUAUUGAGACAUUUUUAUUGUUUUUCCUUUUUUAAAAGUAAUUUUAAAAAGUCUAGACUUGCUUCACCAAAGCUAUUUUAACUCAUUACAUUACUUGCAGUCUACAUCUUUGAGUAGUCGUAGAGCUAGGGUCACCUUACCGUCUCUCUGUCGUCUCUCUCUCUCUCUCUACAUUUGAGAGCCACGGAUUUUAUAGGAGAUCAUGCUGAUUUCUGCUUGCCACAAAUCUACCAUUCUAUCUACUGUACAUGUACAUAUGUCUUGUAAUAAAGUAAAUUUAUCAUCCAUCAUCA